AUGCCAGCAUUCAAUCUAAGUGCAACGGUAAAUAUCGUUCGGUUACUCUUUGACCCCCAACUCUGCAGGCCCACUGUAGUCAUCCCCACUUUCAACCAACUGCCAACUUCCAUUAUUCCAAACAGAGACAUUCGGGCGGUUGUGCUGGACAAGGAUAACUGUUUUGCCCAGAAUCACGACGAUAAAGUCUGGCCGGAAUAUACUGCCAGGUGGGAACAACUGAAAAGUGCGUAUCCAGGAGCAAAACUGCUGAUUGUGAGCAAUUCAGCAGGCACCAACGACGAUGGAGGCCAUGAGCAGGCUAAAAUUAUACAAGAGAGAACUGGGGUUACAGUACUAAGGCAUUCGACGAAAAAGCCUGGCUGUCACAACGAAAUCAUGCAGUAUUUCAAGGACGCAAAUGUUUGUAACGAUCCCUCACAGGUGGCUAUUGUUGGAGACCGACUCUUCACAGAUGUGAUUAUGGCCAACAUGAUGGGUGCACAUAGUGUCUGGCUCAGUGUAGGUGUAGUGCAGUCCAACUCUCUUAUCUGUAAAAUCGAAAGGUGGUGGUAUUCGACUUUUAAUAGACCAAAGAGAGACUGA